AUGGACACAGAGGAUGACCCAUUGUUACAGGACGCCUGGCUAGAGGAGGAAGAUGAAGAGGAAGCCUUCAGCUCCCGGAAGAGGCGAGAGGGUGCUUUGUUGUGUGGGAAAAGCCCGUGCAGAGUCAGGCCCCUGUGUGUCACGCUGCCUGUGUCUGGCUUCUGGAAUAUUGUUGGUUGGGUGUUUACCAACCCGUACUGUGCUGGUUUCAUACUUUUCCUGGGCUGUGCCAUCCCUGCCGUGCUUGCUGUUGUCAUGUUCCUCCACUACCCUGCCCUGGAUAUUGACAUCUCCUACAACGCUUUCGAGAUCCGCAACCACGAGUCCUCGCAGCGCUUCGACGCCCUCGCCUUGGCCCUCAAAUCCCAGUUUGGGUCGUGGGGGAGGAACCGCCGGGACCUGGCUGACUUUACCUCGGAAACCCUGCAGAGGCUCAUCUUCGAGCAGCUCCAGCAGCUUCACCUCAACGCUUCCCACCUUGGGGUGAGCGCGCGGGUCAAGCGCAGCCCGCCGCGGGUCAGGACGAGCUCCGUGCAGCCCCAGCCUCGGCUGGGCACAGGAAACCAGACUUCCAGGGUCGGGAGGGGAGCCCCACGCUGGGACUACUCCAGCACUUACCUCAGUGCCAACACGCAGACACACGCUCACUGGCGCAUCGAGCUCAUUUUUCUGGCUCGGGGGGACUCGGAGAACAACAUCUUCACCACCGAGCGCCUGGUCACCAUCCAUGAGGUUGAGCGCAAGAUCAUGGACCACCCUCGCUUCAGGGAAUUCUGCUGGAAGCCCCACGAGGUCUUGAAGGAUCUGCCCCUGGGUUCUUACUCCUACUGUUCCCCUCCCAGCUCCCUCAUGACCUACUUCUUCCCCACUGAGAGAGGAGGGAAGAUUUACUAUGAUGGCAUGGGGCAAGACCUCGCUGACAUCCAAGGGUCCCUGGAGCUGGCCAUGACCCACCCUGAGUUCUACUGGUACGUGGAUGAGGGGCUGUCUGCUGAGAACAUGAAGAGCUCCCUGCUGCGGAGCGAGAUCCUCUUCGGGGCACCGCUGCCCAACUACUACUCGGUGGAGGAUCGCUGGGAGGAGCAGCGCCGCAAGUUCCAGAACUUUGUCAUCACCUAUGUGGCCAUGCUGGCCAAGCAGUCCACAAGCAAAGUGCAGGUGCUGUAUGGAGGGACAGAUUUGUUUGACUAUGAAGUGAGGAGGACUUUCAACAAUGACAUGUUGCUGGCCUUCAUCAGCAGUAGCUGCAUAGCUGUCUUGGUCUACAUCCUCACCUCCUGCUCAGUGUUUCUGUCAUUCUUUGGCAUUGCCAGCAUUGGGCUAAGCUGCCUGGUGGCUCUGUUCCUGUACCACGUCGUGUUUGGGAUCCAGUAUCUGGGUAUACUCAAUGGUGUGGCUGCCUUUGUCAUCGUGGGGAUUGGGGUUGAUGAUGUCUUUGUUUUCAUCAACACCUACCGCCAAGCCACCCACCUCAAGGACCUGCGCCUGCGCAUGAUCCACACUAUCCAGACAGCAGGAAAGGCCACCUUCUUCACCUCCCUGACCACAGCUGCAGCAUAUGCUGCCAACAUCUUCUCUCAGAUCCCAGCUGUGCACGACUUCGGACUCUUCAUGUCACUGAUUGUGUCCUGCUGCUGGGUAGCUGUGCUCUUCACCAUGCCAGCUGCUCUUGGAAUAUGGACCCUUUAUGUGUCCCCAUUAGAGAGCUCCUGCCAAGCCAGCUGCAGUCAGAAGUGCACCAAAAAGAGUGCCUUGCACCUGGCUGAAGAUCUCUUCAUUGCCUCAGACACCACCUCCAGAGCAGGCAGAGAGACCCUUCCCUACCUUGAUGAUGACAUCCCACUGCUCAGCGUGGAGGAGGAGCCUGUCUCCCUGGAAAUGGGGGAUGUCCCCUUGGUGUCUGUGAUGCCAGAAAAUCUGCAGCUCUCUUCAGAGAAGAGCAACAGGGGUCACUUGAUAACUCAUCUGCAGGAGCUGCUGGAACACUGGGUGCUGUGGUCUGCAGUGAAGAGGAGAUGGGUGAUUGUGGGGCUCUUUCUCCUUGUUUUGCUCCUGUCCAUAUUCUUUGCCAGCCGCCUCCAUCCAGCUAGCCGUGCUCCAGUCUUGUUCCGGCCAGACACAAACAUCCAGGUGCUCCUGGACCUGAAAUACAACCUGAGUGCUGAAGGUAUCUCCUGCAUUACCUGCUCAGGUUUGUUUCAGGAAAAGCCCCACAGUUUGCAGAACAACAUCCGAACUUCCUUGGAAAAAAAGAAGAGGGGCUCAGGGUCACCUUGGGGAAGUAAAGGCAGCAUGAGUGAUACAGGGCAGCAAGAGCUCCAGGGGACUGUGUAUAUCUCCAAGUCCAGGAGCAAGGGAAGACCAGCCAUCUACAGAUUCUCACUCAAUGCCAGUGUCCCUGCGCCCUGGCAGAUGGUGUCACCGGGAGACGGGGAGGUGCCUUCAUUCCAGGUGUAUAGAGUGCCUUUCGGUAACUUCACCAGGAAGCUGACAGCUUGUGUGUCCACAGUAGGGCUGCUUAAGCAGAUGAGCCCCAGGAAGUGGAUGAUGACCACCUUGUCCUGUGACACCAAGAAGGGCUGGAAGUUCGAUUUCAGUUUCUACGUGGCCUCCAAGGAGCAGCAGCGAACACGGAAAUUGUACUUUGCCCAGUCACACAAGCCACCUUACCACGGCCGAGUGUGUGUGUCUCCUCCAGGCUGCCUGCUCAGCUCCAGCCCAGACGGACCCACCAAAGGCAUCCUGUACGUUCCCAGUGAGAAAGCAGCACCCAAAGCCAAGCUGUCGGCCACGUCUGGAUUUAACCCGUGCGUGAACGCGGGCUGCGGGAAGCCGGCGGUGCGGCCGCUGGUGGACACGGGAGCCAUGGUGUUCGUGGUGUUCGGAAUCAGAGGCGUCAAUCGCACGCGACACCCGGACAACCACGUCAUCGGAGACAUGGGCAGUGUUAUCUACGAUGACAGCUUUGACCUCUUCAAAGAGAUUGGCAACCUGUGCCGCCUCUGCAAAGCCAUUGCCAGCAACUCUGAGCUGGUGAAGCCCGGAGGGGCUCAGUGCCUGCCCUCGGGUUACAGCAUCUCCUCCUUCCUGCAGAUGUUGCACCCUGAGUGCAAGAAUAUCCCUGAGCCAAACCUGCUGCCUGGGCAGCUCUCUCAUGGGGCAGUGGGGGUGAAGGAUGGGAAGGUGCAGUGGAUCUCCAUGGCAUUUGAAUCGACAACCUACAAGGGGAAAUCAUCCUUCCAGACAUAUGCUGACUAUCUGAAAUGGGAGACAUUCCUGCAGCAGCAGCUCCAGCUCUUCCCAGAGGGCUCUGCUCUCCGGCAUGGUUUCCAGACCUGUGAGCACUGGAAGCAGAUUUUCAUGGAGAUUAUAGGAGUGCAGAGUGCCCUGUAUGGUCUCGUCCUCUCGCUGGUCAUCUGUGUGGCUGCCGUGGCAGUGUUCACCACACACAUCCUCCUCCUGCUGCCAGUGCUGCUCAGCAUCUUAGGGGUCGUCUGCCUUGUGGUGACCAUCAUGUACUGGUCUGGCUGGGAAAUGGGAGCUGUGGAAGCCAUUUCCCUCUCCAUCCUCGUUGGCUCCUCUGUGGAUUACUGUGUGCACUUGGUGGAGGGCUACCUGCUGGCAGGGGAGAACCUGCCACUCCACCAGGCACAGGACCCCACAGCGUGCCGCCAGUGGAGGACGAUGGAAGCGGUCCGGCACGUGGGUGUGGCAAUGGUGUCCAGCGCCGUCACCACCGUCAUCGCCACCGUCCCUCUCUUCUUCUGCAUCAUUGCCCCCUUUGCUAAGUUUGGGAAGAUCGUGGCCCUCAACACGGGAGUGUCCAUCCUGUACACGUUAACUGUGAGCACGGCCCUGCUGAGCGUCAUGGGGCCUGGCACCUUCACCCGCAGCAGGACUUCCUGCCUCAAGGCACUGCUGGGGGUGCUCCUGGCCGGCCUGCUGGCUCUCUGCAUCUGCCUUGCCCUGCUGAAGAGUGGAUUUAAGAUCCCCCUCCCCAACGGGACAGUCCUGUAG